AGAAUCAAGCGGGUGUAAACAGAGAGACAGGCCGAGUCUCCUGCCGGGGAGGACACGGCUGGACACGGCUGGACACGGCUGGACGUGUGGUGGAGAAACAGGACGGAUGAGUGAAGCGAACCCCCCCCCACACUGCUCCACCAUGUCCAUCAGUCCGGAACAGGAGGCGCUGAUCGGCCGGGUGUUUGAGUCCUACCUGACGGAGCACCAUCCCGGGGACCUCCUGCAGCUCGCCGCCGCUCCCGGGGAGGAGGACGCCCACCGGGCGGUGGUGGUGAACGCCAUGACCCUGUUUGAGGCCAACAUGGAGGUUGGGGAUUAUUUCAACGCCUAUCCUCACGAAGUCCUGGCGAUAUUUGAUAAAGUGCUGCAGAGAAAAGCCCAGGAGCUGUCAGAUGAAGCUUCUCAGAAGCAGGGUGAGGUGCAGAGGCUGAAACACACUCUUCAUGCUCGCAUUACAGGUCUGCCUGUGUGUCCGGAGCUCACCAGAGUUACUGUACCCAGAUCCAGAGACGUGGGACACUUCCUGUCUCUGACCGGGACCGUCAUACGGACCAGCAUUGCCAAGGUUCUGGAGUCGGAGCGGGACUACAUGUGCGCCAAGUGUCGCCACGUGUUCACGGUGCAGGCCGACUUCCACCAGCACUACUCCUUCGCCCCCCCGGCCGGCUGCCCUCACCCCGCCGGCUGCAGCUCGGCCAAGUUCAGCUGCCUGUCCAGCGGCUCGGAGCCGGCUCAGUGCCGGGACUACCAGGAGAUCAAGAUCCAGGAGCAGGUCCAGAGGCUGAGUGUGGGCAGCAUUCCCCGCUCGCUGGUCGUGGUUCUGGAGGACGACCUGGUGGAUUCCUGUAAGUCCGGAGACGACGUGACGGUGUUCGGCGUGAUGUGUCUGCGCUGGCGGCCGCUCCACGAAGGCGUGCCGUGCGACGUGGAGCUGGUCCUCAAGGCCAACAACAUCGAGGUGAACAACCAGCAGGCCGCCGCCGCGCUGCUCGUCGGCGACAUCCACAAGGACUUCGAGGAGUACUGGAGCGAGCACCGCCGCCGCCCCAUGGCCGGAAGGAACAACAUCCUGCUGAGCCUGUGCCCGCAGGUCUUUGGCAUGUAUGUGAUCAAACUGGCGGUGGCCAUGGUGCUGGCGGGCGGCGUGCAGAGGACCGACUCUUCUGGGACCAAGAUCAGAGGAGAGUGCCACAUGCUGCUGGUCGGGGACCCGGGGACAGGAAAGUCUCAGUUCCUCAAGUACGCAGCCAAGGUCAUGCCUCGCUCCGUGCUCACCGCCGGGAUCGGGUCAACCAGUGCAGGGCUGACGGUGGCGGCGGUGAAGGACGGAGGCGAGUGGCACCUGGAGGCCGGCGCUCUGGUCCUGGCGGACGGCGGCCUGUGCUGCAUCGACGAGUUCAGCAGCAUCAAGGAGCAGGACCGGAUCAGCAUCCACGAGGCCAUGGAGCAGCAGUCCAUCAGCGUGGCCAAAGCCGGGAUGGUGUGUAAGCUGAACACCCGGACCUCCAUCCUGGCUGCCACCAACCCCAAAGGCCAGUACAACAGCAGCGAGCCGCUGUCGGUCAACGUGGCUCUGGCCAGUCCUCUGCUCAGCCGCUUCGACCUGGUCCUGGUGCUGCUGGACACCAAGAACGCCGAGUGGGACCGGAUCAUCUCCUCCUUCAUCCUGGAGGACCGAGGACCCCCCGCCGAGGCGUCCGGCCUGUGGUCCAUGGAGAAGAUGAAGGCGUACUUCAGCCUGAUCCGGGGCCUGCAGCCGCGGCUUUCUGAGGACGCCAACCGCAUCCUGGCCCGCUACUACCAGCUGCAGCGGCAGAGCCACGGCCGCAACGCCGCCCGCACCACCGUGCGCAUGCUGGAGAGCCUGAGCCGGCUGGCCGAGGCUCACGCCAGGCUCAUGUUCAGAGAGACGGUCACUGUCGAGGACGCGGUGGUCGCCGUGUCUCUGAUGGAGUGCUCCAUGCAGGGCGGGGGUCUGCUGGGCGACGUCAACGCCCUGCUGACGGCGUUCCCCGCCGACCCGGACCGGCAGUACCGGACUCAGUGUGAGCUGCUGCUGGGCGGCCUGGACCUGCCGCUGCUGCUCCGCCAGGAGACGCUCCGGCUGCAGCGGCUGCAGAGCGGCUCCUCGGAGGACUCCCCCGGUCCUCGGCUCUCUGACCAGAUGGAGGACGAGGCUUCAGAGACGCUCGGUGAAGACCUCUCCAGUGACCUUUGCCCCGACCCCGUCCAGCCUGUCCCACGCCCCCCCCUCACGUCCACUCCGGCAGACCCCGACAGGAAGUCGCGGUCCGCUCCGUGUGAGGGUCCUCCAGAGGAGCCCUGUGGCGAGGGGGGACGGGGGCCGGGGACCAGGAGCCUCGGCUCGCUGCUCAGGGAGAAGGUGCAGACCGAACCCGCUGAGGAUCUGCAGCACAAGCUGUCCAGCUUCAUGUUCAGACCCAAGAAGAUGACGAGAGCUCCAGACCUGGAGUCCGCCUGCAGACCCAGAGACACCCCGAAGACCUCUGACCCUCCACAGACGCUGUCCAGACCCAGAGACACCCCGAAGACCUCUGACCCUCCACAGACGCUGUCCAGACCCAGAGACACCCCGAAGACCUCUGACCCUCCACAGACGCUGUCCAGGCCCAGAGACAGGAGGACAGACAGCUUCACGCCGCAGGAGCCGGACGGAGCUUCUCUUUUUAGAGAGAAACCUGGAAGCAGGAGGAGGAGGAGAGACGAGGCAGCCGAACUCAGAACCAGGGCCGGGGAGACCGGCAGUCCUCCUGAACCCCCGGGUCCAGCCGGGAUCCAGACCGGCAGUCCUCCUGGCCCCCCGGGUCCAGCCGGGAUCCAGACCGGCAGUCCUCCUGGCCCCCCGGGUCCAGCCGGGAUCCAGAGCGUCGGUGCGGCCGCUGUGGCCAAACUUUCCCGGUUCUCCUUCACCUCGUCUGAACCCAGACGGACGGACGGAGGGACGCCGGCGAGCCGCAGUCCGCUCAGAAAGAGGAGCCGCCGCAGUCCGGGACCGGAGGGCCGGCUGGACUCGCCUCCCGGCUCCGUCGGCGUGGGGAAGGGGGCGGGGCCGGGGCCGAAGCCUCCGUCACAGCCCGCUGCUGCUGCUCUGUUCUCAGGACUGCCGGGGCUGGACGCUGCCGCCGCCUGUCAGGACGUCUUCGACACUGACUGGGACCGAGAGCCUCUCUGAGGGACUCGCCCUCCACUCCGGGUCUGGACAGGAACCACGUGUUGAGCCUCAAAAAAGACGAUAAAACAACCAAGCCAUAAUAAAGUGUGUGUUUUAGUUUUGCUGUCAUGACGUCCUGAACUCCGGUUCCUGUGAAGCGCCGUGAGACCAGCGAACGUCUGGAGGCUUUCAGAAAGCUCCACACUUCCCCUCAGCAGAAAUCAGACACAGAAAUCCAGUUUCAUGAAACAUGUCAGCUUUAUUCCUGACCGCUCUUCUGCUGAAUGAAGACAAAAUACAAAUAGUUAAAAAAAACGAAAAAAAAAACCUUCAGCUUCUGACCUCCAGGACUUUCAGCUGGAAUCAGUUUUUCUGGUUGUGAUCCCUGAUUACAGAUGGGUCAAACACACACGCACACGCACACACACACCAUGGUUUGUCUGAGGAGCUGGACCAGUUACUUUACAACACGAGAAGUACCAGCACAUCCUGGGAAUGAUCUGGACUGAAUUCCCAAUAACCUGAUAUUUAUUUUCCCAAAGAAGUAAACUCACAAACACAGCCUGCCUGGACUUUAUAAACUUCUAUAUAAUCUAUAAAAUCCCUCAUAUGGAGCACAUUAUUUGUUUUAUUUUUAGAGCUCCACGUCCCAUAGAAGUGAAAUGAGGACAAAAUGUCUGCAGGCUGCCUUUCUGAAGUGCCGCAGAUGUAACUUCGAUAUGUUUUUUGCAUUUUUAGGUUUGUAGCCUUCUUCCCUCUUUCUUUAGUUUUUCAUUUCAUGGAUUUUGGAUCUUUCUCCGGUCGACUUCAGCCUCUGUUCCUCUUCAGCUGCUGGGAGUUUCCUGAUUGUUCAAAUAGUUUUUGCUAUACUGACACUUUUUUCUUCUUCUUUCACUGCUUUUUUUUUCUUCUUUGUUACACUUUUCCUGUUUCCUGUUUUCCCUGAGAAAAAAAAAAUGACAGCUACACUAAGAAGCUGAGUUGUUUUUUUUCUUCUUUUUUGAGUAGUUUUAAGUGCUUUGUUCUUAUUAUUAACUAUUCCAUUUAUCCUGGCUCU